AGCGGGCGGCGGGCCGCGCAGAGUGUGAGGCUCUUUUGUUCGGCAGAGGGGAGGGCCGUUGGCUGGGGCCUACGGGACGCCGCUUCUGUGAGGGGCUUGAUCGCGGCCACCGGCCUGUUGCUUUUCUGGGCGCCACUCCUCCGGCCCGCCUGACGCGACUUGCCAGUAGCGCGGCACCGAUUCCUCUCGUGCUCUUGGGCGCUGCUUUGAGCAGCGUCACCCUUUAUACUAGAAAGCUGGCGGGCACUAUGGGGAAAAAACAAAACAAGAAGAAAGUGGAGGAGGUGCUAGAAGAGGAGGAAGAGGAAUAUGUGGUGGAAAAAGUUCUCGACCGUCGAGUGGUAAAGGGCAAAGUGGAGUACCUCCUCAAGUGGAAGGGGUUCUCAGAUGAGGACAACACAUGGGAGCCAGAAGAGAACCUGGAUUGCCCCGACCUCAUUGCUGAGUUUCUACAGUCCCAAAAAACAGCACAUGAGACAGAUAAAUCAGAAGGAGGCAAGCGCAAAGCUGACUCUGAUUCUGAAGAUAAGGGAGAGGAGAGCAAACCAAAGAAGAAGAAAGAAGAGUCAGAAAAGCCACGAGGCUUUGCCCGGGGUUUGGAGCCAGAGCGGAUUAUUGGAGCUACAGACUCCAGCGGAGAACUCAUGUUCCUGAUGAAAUGGAAAAACUCUGAUGAGGCUGACCUGGUCCCAGCCAAGGAAGCCAAUGUCAAGUGCCCCCAGGUUGUCAUAUCCUUCUAUGAGGAAAGGCUGACGUGGCAUUCCUACCCCUCGGAGGAUGAUGACAAAAAAGAUGACAAGAAUUAACUCUCCUGAGUACCAGCCCCUGUCACAUCUGACUGUGGGUUUCAAGUGGGGAGGGGAAGGAGUUCUGCUUGUCUUGACACCAUAGAGGUGGCUUGAGAAGAUGUCCUUUGAAGAGCCAGUAUAGUUUCUGUGCCCUACAGCAGCCCAAGUGCUUUAAAGCCGUUCCAUGCUGUAUAGUUUGCACACCCAUCCGAGUGGAGGGGAAGGAGGAUAAGUGUUUCAAGGCAACCCAUUCUGCACUUUGCUGAGAAAAACAAAGGGCCUUCUAUGAAGGACAAAACUUGCAGAAUGGGCGUGUGGGAGAGCAAAAAGAUACUAUAGAUCUUCAAAGAGCAUCUCCACAACCCACAGCCUUCUUCCCAAUAGUGUUAACUGCAUUUUUACAGCGUAGCAUGUGUGUAGUUUUUGACUAUUACUGGUGUA